AUGUGCUUACCUCGUACUCUUGUCGUCGCUAUAGCUAACGUAGAUAAAGAUCCUCUCUACACUAAAGUUAGGAGAGAUAUUGGAAAACUUCAGACUACCAGAGCUUUGGAACUGAUGGAAGCUAAAGGGGUUUCCAUUCUUUCCGAGGGAUGUGGAAUACCAGAACUUCAAAAAUUUCAACAAUAUCUAAAAAAUUAUAAAAUUAUUGUCUACAACUAUGGGUCAAAAGGUCGUGACAUCAUUUUCGAAGGUACAGACAAAGGUUCUUCGCUGCAUUUACUCUACCAUGAGGGCCAUUACAAUGUAAUUACUUCGUUAACUGCGGCCUUUUCGUGUGGUUAUUAUUGUAAGGAAUGCCAUGUUCCUUACAAUAUUAAUCGGGAUCAUCGAUGUGGAGGAACCUGCCCUGGUUGUCAGCAAUCACCUGUUUGUACCCCCGAUGAGAUCAAGGUUAAUUAUGAAUCUUGCAAAAAAUCUUUCCUUGGACAAGUAUGCUUCGAAAAUCAUAUAAAGCAUGGCAUUUGCGACCAGAUACGUCGCUGCGAGAAGUGUUUUAAAAUCGUACCACAAACAUGUCUGUGGAUAAAUCUUUUGUAA